AUGGGGUACACAGUUUUAGAGCAGCCACCUUCAGCCAAGGUACAUUGCGAUAUCAGAAAAAGAGCUGGACUCACACCCAAGAGCGUUGAAGUCGCCGAAAAGGCAUUACCCCUGUCAGUUUAUGGUGUCAGCAUCAUCCACGACGAGGAUCAAUCCGUGGUUGGUAUGGGAAGAUUGAUUGGCGAUGGCCAUUUGUUUCUCCAGGUUGUCGACAUUGGCGUGUUACCAGAGCACCAAAAGAAGGGUCUUGGUAAGCUCAUCAUGAAGGCUUUGAUGGAUUGGAUCGACAAAAACACAACUCGCGAUUGCUACGUUAGUCUUUUGGCGGAUGGUGAUGCUCAUAUGCUCUACCAGAAAUUCGGAUUUAUGUCUAGUAUGCCAAAGUCUCAAGGCAUGUACUAUGCUCGCUCAUAG